UUCUUCUUCUUUUAUUUCAGGUGACUUUCAAACGCAAGUGUAAGCAAGCUAGAAUAAACAUGAGCAAAGGGACUUUAUGGAACCCGAAACCAUGUGGAAACAAACAUACUUUGAAAAAGACUAGUUCUUUGAAAAAUUGCGUUGUUAAAAACAAAGCCUCGAAAAAAUGUCAGUGCUCUCGCCUAGAGAAAAUGAAGACUUUGAAAAAGUCUUCACACCGACAUAAAAAAAGUAAUUUCUCUGAUCGAUCGGUAUCGAAUAAUGAUAGACUUUCUCUCACAAAACCAGGAGCCCCACUGAAAAUUCCAUCAAAAAAGGUUACAAAACAAGUAACGAUUCCUGCCCCAAAAAAAAUACGGGAUUGUGCUUCGAAACCAAUGAAUGGAUGUGAUGGUUUAAAAGGUUAUAUGAGGUCUUAUCACACGCCUGCCAAUAUAAUGUAUUCGCAAAAGGACUUAAAGUUUCGUGCGAAAAAAACUUUUUUCUCAGUUUCGGCUCAAUUUUGUGCUUCUAAAUGUCCUCCAGCGAGCGAUAAAACUGGUAAAGACUUUCCAUCGUCUAAGCCCCAUAAGCGUGCUGAUGGAUGUUCAACUGGUUCGUCUGCAGAAUGCCCUCCAGGAUCUGGUAAAACGGGUGAGAAAUCGCCACCUACCAACUGUACUCCGAGAACCGGUGGAACUGGAAUAGGAAGUGCAGGGUCAGGGUCUACUUGUUUAGCUACGUCGUCUCCCUCUAGCUCGAAGUGUCCUGCUGGGUCUGGUAAAGUUAAAGAAAAAUUGCUCCCUGCCAAAUAUGAUGCCGGCCGAAACCUUGCUAAUAAAUACCUAUCAUCCUAUCUUGCCGAUUGUCGAUCACAGCGAAAUCGUAAUCAAUCAAAAAAAAUUAGUUCGGGUGAGAAAAUACCAGCUGCCAAAAGUGGUACCAUCGAUGGUAAAUCAAAAGGUUCCUAUCUCGCUGAUUGUCGAUCACGUCGGAAUCGUAUUAAAUUAAAAAAAUGUAGAGCAGAUGAGAAAAAGCCACCUGUCAAAAGUGGGGCCAGCGAUGGUGGAUCAGAGGGUUCCUAUCUUUCUGAUUGUAAAACACCUCGGAAUCGUAUUAAAUCAAAAAAAUGUAGAGCAGAUAACAAAAAGCCAUCUGUCAAAAGUGUUGCCAGCGAUGGUGGAUCAGAGGGUUCCUAUCUUUCUGAUUGUAGAACACCUCGGAAUCGUAUUAAAUCAAAAAAAUGUAGAGCAGAUGAGAAAAAGCCACCUGUCAAAAGAGGUACCAGCGAUGGUGGAUCAGAGGGUUCCUAUCUUUCUGAUUGUAGAACACCUCGGAAUCGUAUUAAAUCAAAAAAAUGUAGAGCAGAUAACAAAAAGCCACCUGUCAAAAGUGGGGCCAGCGAUGGUGGAUCAGAGGGUUCCUAUCUUGCCGAUUGUCGAUCACGCCGGAAUCGUAUUAAACCAAAAAAAUGUAGAGAGGGUGAGAAGAAACCACCUGCCAAACGUGGCGCCAAGCAAGGUGGUGCAGGUGAAUCCUAUCUUGCUGACUGUCGAUCACGUCGGAACCGAAUUAAAGGAAGGCCAGGCCAGGUUAGUACAUCCAGGUCAACUUCAGGGUGUAGGCCGAGUUUCCGUGGGAGGUGUUCCCGUAAGACAAACUCAGCAACAACUACGUCUUCAAAACCGCCUCCACGAUCAGGCAAAAAUGGUAAAAACUUACCACCGGCUAGUUGUCCUCCUAAAGGUAAAUCCUCUUAAAUCUUCAAGGCCCCCAGUACAGGUAUGACAUCUGGAAUAUCUGGUUAAUAUGGGUCGCGUACUGAAUAGAAAAAAUUAUAUUUUCACACCUGAGAGGUAUUUGUAUGAAAAUUUUAUUUUCUUCACAAUAAACCUUCAUUUGGAGGUAAAAUACAAUUUGCAAAAGCACCGCGUACUUCUUGAAUUUUAUCAUCUCAGUCAUUUAAGGGAUUAUUGUGUGAUGUGGAAUGGUCCAUACACUAUUAACCAUUGAGUUCAAUUUUGUCCUAACUCUGUUUGUUAUUUUAAGACAAAAAGUGUAUUGUUAAUACCUAGUAUGUUGUUCACUGUUAAUCUAAAGUCUGUGUUGUAAUAAAAUGGAUCAGUUAAAGUAAGGUCUUUAAUUUUUUUUUGUUGUGAAAUGCUGCUACUUUACUUUGUUUUUUUUUAAUGACCAGUUGGCUCGUAACAUUGAAUCAAAAUCUUAUAAACAACUUAUUUAUCAUAUUCUUUCAAACUGUCUCUGAACUAUCCCGUUGCUGC